AUGUCAGGUGGAGCAGCACCAAAGGCAACUGAACCAACGCCACACCCACCAAAGGAUCAGCUUCCCAAUGUUUCCUACUGCAUUACCAGUCCUCCUCCAUGGCCCGAGGCUAUUCUUCUUGGAUUUCAACAUUAUUUGGUGAUGCUUGGCACAUCUGUCAUCAUACCGACUGUCCUGGUCCCUCAAAUGGGGGGAGGAAAUGAGGAGAAAGCCAAAGUCAUUCAGACCCUGCUAUUCGUUGCUGGAUUGAACACCCUGUUGCAGUCAUGGUUUGGAACCAGAUUACCUGCUGUAAUAGGAGGGUCAUACACGUUUGUUGCACCCACAAUUUCAAUUAUCCUGUCUGGUCGAUGGAGUGACCCGAACCCUGAAUCGAGAUUCAAGAAGAUAAUGCGGGCCACUCAGGGUGCACUUAUUAUUGCCUCAACUAUUCAAAUAGUCCUAGGUUUCAGUGGGCUUUGGCGUAAUGUUGCAAGGUUUCUGAGUCCACUUUCAAUCGUUCCUUUGGUUUCUCUUGUUGGGUUUGGGCUGUAUGAGUUUGGUUUCCCUGGGGUUGCCAAAUGUAUUGAAAUUGGAUUGCCACAGCUCGUCAUUUUAGUUCUUUUUUCUCAGUAUUUGGCCCACCUGAUACGCCCAGGAAAGAAUAUUUUUGAUCGUUUUGCUGUUAUAUUCUCUGUGGCAAUAGUAUGGCUUUAUGCCUUUCUGCUUACUGUGGGUGGCGCCUACGAUGGGAAGUCACCUAGGACCCAAGCCAGCUGCAGAACAGAUCGUUCUGGACUUGUUGGUGGUGCUCCAUGGAUAAGAGUUCCAUACCCCUUCCAAUGGGGAGCACCUUCAUUUGAUGCUGGUGAAGCCUUUGCCAUGAUGAUGGCUGCAUUUGUUGCUCUCAUAGAGUCCACAGGUGCCUUUUUUGCUGUUGCAAGAUAUGCCAGUGCAACCCAUAUGCCACCAUCUGUUCUCAGCCGUGGUGUAGGCUGGCAGGGUGUUGCCAUCUUAUUGUCUGGGGUGUUUGGAACCGGGAAUGGAUCAUCAGUUUCUGUUGAGAAUGCUGGCCUAUUAGCGAUGACUCGUGUUGGUAGUCGAAGAGUAGUGCAGAUAUCUGCUGGAUUCAUGAUUUUCUUUUCCAUUCUGGGAAAAUUUGGAGCAGUCUUUGCCUCCAUCCCAGCACCUAUUGUGGCUGCUUUGUAUUGCCUCUUCUUUGCCUAUGUUGGUGCGGCAGGUUUAAGUUUUCUUCAGUUCUGCAACCUCAAUCCUUUCAGAACAAAAUUCAUUCUUGGGUUUUCCAUUUUUAUGGGCUUGUCUGUGCCUCAGUACUUCAACGAGCACACUGCUAUUCAAGGCUUUGGUCCUGUCCACACAUCGGGGAGAUGGUUCAACGAUAUAGUCAAUGUCCCUUUCUCGUCUGAAGCUUUUGUGGCUGGUAUAGUGGCAUACUUUCUGGACAAUACCCUGCACAAGGAUUCACAGAUAAGGAAAGACCGAGAUUAUAACCUCAUCAUAUAUGCUAUGAGGCCGUCAAGGGCAUGCACACAGCGGACGGCCGCAAGGUUGCAAGCUGCUACGGAGGCUGCUUUGGCUGAGCCGGAGAGGAGGCGGAUAAAGGUUGAGAGGAAGGAUAGGUUGUCAGCCAAGCUGCUCAAGGAGGAAGAGGAGGUGAAAGUGGAGGAUGAGGGUGAGAGGAAAGAGAAUCUGUUGAAGAAACAACACAGGCAAGCUCUUAUGCUGGGUAUUAUGAUAAACAUGAAUGGUUUUGCUGCUGGACGCUCUCUCCGUGAUAGAAAGCCCGUCACUUAUACUUUUGAUGAUUAUGAUCGAUCUAUUAAUGAGGCCAUCGAAGUCACCAACUCUCACAUCAGGAAGAAAGAAUCUUCCCCAAAACAUAUUCUUAGGGGAGAUUCUCUUGUGGAAAACAAAGUUUCAACAAAUGGAAGAUUGGAUGGUCCUCCACAAUAUUCUCAGCACGAGUUCAGUGCACUGUCUCCAAAAUCACCUGAUGAUGAAUUUUCUGAUGAUCACCAAGCUUUGAAACUGGAACGGGGCAAUCGUCAAAGGCAGAGGCCACAGCGGUAUUCCACAGAAGAGUUCGUGGAAGCCGUCUCGUAUAACAAGGCUGACUUUGACACUGAUGAUGACGAUGUAGUUGGUGAAGUUGUGUAUGAUGAAGGAUAUCUAAGGGGAAGAAAGAAGGGGAGGAAAAUGUCGAGUAGCUCAGAAGGAGACGAAGAGUAUCACUGGGACAAAGAAAAUCCUGAAGAGGAGGAGGAAGAAGAAGAAGAAGAUACGUUAAGUACGAGUGAGGAGAGUGAUGGUCCCCGCAGAUACAAUACAUUGCCAAGCCGUACUAGGAGGGAAACUAAAUUGAGGUCAGUUGGUGAGCCCCAGUCAGGUCUUAGACGCAGUAAUCGAGCAACCAGAAAUCAUAUCAAUUAUAAGCAGUAUGAGAUGUCCGAAUCGGAAACCGAAUCAAUGAAACCUGAGAAGUCAACUGCUUUAGAUGAGCACUCUAAUGAAAGGGAUAAUGCAGAGUUUUCAAUGGGAAGUCAAGAUUCUGAUGAAAUGAAUGAUAAGCAGGAGAUGCAUAUCAAUCAGCCUAUUGAAGAGCAUCCUGAGGUGGGCAAUAAAGAGGAAACACAUCCACCAGAGAAAUCAGAUAGCGCUGGUCAAAACGAAGUUGAAGGUGCAAGGGAAAGGCGUCUUCUGGAUCUAAAUGAACUUGCUCCGGGUUUUAGCUAUGAUGAUGGCCCAAACUCCAUGAAGGAUGAAAAUACAGACGACUCCUAA